AUGUCUGGGUCAGGAUCAACACUGAGACGAGGCCCUAUCGGCUCAGACCAUUACCACCCAUACCAACGACAAUUCAGCGACGGAGCAGGGAUGACUUCAGAUGGUCUCAGACAGUGCUCCUCUUCCUUCAGCUGUGUGCAGGACGAGUACCGCCCCGACACUUGUUCACACAGCUCAAAAGACGAAGCAGGAACAUCUUGGGACCAGUACAACGGGGGCGUUCAGGUUUCUAGAGUAAUGAGUUCUUACACAGAAGAUCCUUCCUGUUUCCUGUCUCAGAGCUUUCCAAAUUACAGCUCAUCGAGCCCUCUACAACAGGUUUCUUCCCGACUUCUCACGAAUAAUGAUCAAUCCAACAGUUCAAAGUAUUCUCUCCAAAGUUUCUCAAGUCAGUCUCACCAGGAGAGCCCCACACAGUCCCUCUUCCCCAAGCCCAUUUAUUCAUACAGCAUCUUGAUCUUCAUGUCUCUGAGGAACAGUAAAACAGGAAGCCUGCCAGUCAGUGAGAUCUACAGCUUCAUGACUGAACACUUCCCCUACUUUAAGACAGCUCCAGAUGGAUGGAAGAACUCUGUACGUCACAACCUCUCCCUGAACAAGUGCUUUGUGAAGGUAGAAAACAAAAAUGGGAACUCGUCCCGUAAAGGCUGUCUGUGGGCUCUCAAUCCAGCCAAGGUGGAGAAAAUGCAGGAAGAGCUGCACAAGUGGCGCCGCAAGGACCCUGUCACUGUUCGCAGGAGCAUGGCAAAGCCAGAAGACCUUGACCGCUUACUGGGAGAGAGACCUGAAAAAUUCAGGUCAUUGCCACCUUACACCAACUCAGCUUUGUUAUCCAGAGGGACCCCUACCUACAGCAUCACCUCCUUAUCCUGCAACCCAGCCCAGCUUCAACCACCCUGCCUACCCAUUCUGCAUUCCCAGUAUGCAAAUAUUCAAACCCAGCAGGCCUGCUACCUUCCCUCUGGAACCGCUCAUCUCAGCAACUCAUUUGACCUGUACUCACCCUGUGGACAGCCGAUAGCCCCUGGAAGCCUGAACUCAACCGUGGCCCAAAAGAUGCCGCCUGUUUACAACGCAGCCCCGCAAGCUGAUUACAGCACUGGUCGUAGGAGCAUUCAGGACUUUCUGUUGGAGGGAGAUGCCAGUUAUGACAUUGACAUGCUGGACCCGAGUCUGACUGAUCUUCAGCUGCAAGGUAACUUGUGGGAGGAGCUAAAGAACGAAAGCCUUGUAUCGGAUGCCCAAGUUACCACCACAACCCCGACCACGACCUCUGCCCUGCAGAGAAGCUUCUUACAGAUAACACCUCUUCCUGUUAGUGAGACGACUGUCUGUCAACACAAGGCAGGGUAUGAGGAUGGAAACAUGGAAGGUGGACGACACUCAGAGCAGCAUGGCUGUUUGUUGAACGAACUCCAUCCUGGGGUUUAUUCAGGGGUGGAUAGCCCUGCUGGGUACCUGAUCUCUUCUUGUACAACACCAAUCUCCCUUAUGUAAAGAUUAAUCUGAAUUGUAAAAAAUGUAGGCAGUAUCAUGCCACAGUAUUAGCUGGGUGGUUAAUUAACUCAUCUUAACCCCUGUCUCCAUUGUGUAACAGACUCUGCUAGGGGAGUAGGUUUAAAGAUUUCAGUUCUCACAACAAGUACAGCUGAUCAAAUAAGAGCUACUUUUGGAUCAUGUCUGUCUGUUUUUAUUAGUAAUGAUAUUAGUAGUCUUUCUUGUCAUAUGUUUUUCAUUUGCAGCAGCUCCUGUGUUUCUCAUCGUGGAUUGGUAAUUAUCAAAAAUAGGUCUGAUUAAGCGAACCAGUGGACAGGGUUACAAAUAUUGUUAAUGGUUAUGUUGUGAAACUAGUUAUUUAUUGUCUUUCUAAAAGUUAACACAUUUUGCAUUAUUGUGGUAUUAAUUUGAAUAAUAGAUGUCUAAAUGUGUCAUUUGUAAAUCCUAUUUCAUGUUGAAUUUAAAUGUAUUUCUGUCCGGCCGUUUAGCUCUCUAAAUCAAUGAAAAGUGCACAUAACUUGUUUCAGUAUGUCUUCUGCUAAAGCACCUUACUAUAACCCUAACCCUUUUUUUUUAGA